AGACAAGGCAAUAUCAGAAAGUAGUGUCCACAUUUUGAAGGUUGAGCAAAGAUGUCGUACAAAAGUUCAGGUGUAGAGGUCUACAACAAACAUGGGAUCAGCAUCAAAAUGAUGACCAAAAAAGUCGCUGAAAUAACGAGUAUGAAAAUUCCUGAUGUGAAAUCUCUGAUGACAGAAAUCACUCACCAACACCUACAUCCCCAGAGUUUACAUAGGCAGAAUCAUAAUAGACUAUCUGGGAAGAAACUGGCAUCACAUAGUGACACUAAAUCGGAACCUGAAUACAAGAGCACACAAGAAGCUAAACAUAAAUCACCAUAUUCUGAACACACAGCAUCACCUAAACCAUUUAGACCUGUGAAAGGAUCAGUCAAGAUUGGGUAAGAAAUUAUGUUUUACUGAACACACCUCAUUUAAUGAAUACUUGUUUUUUUGUCUGCAAAUAUUUACUUUUCAAGUACUUUUCAGUGAAUUUUAAGCACUCAAGGAGUACAUUCUUUC